AUGGAGGCUCCAUAUGAUGGCACUGAAGUAACUGUGGUAAUGGAGGAAAUUGAGGGCACUUACACUUACGCAUCACCAGUGCCAUCUAAGAAGAAAAAGAAAUACAAAAGUACUGGCGAUCAUGGAGAAAAAGCUAAAAAGCCCAGAUCUGCUUACCUCCUCUACUACUAUGACAUUUACUUGAAAGUACAGCAAGAGCUUCCCCACCUCCCUCAAUCUGAAAUCAACAAAAAGAUCAGUGAGAGCUGGAGGUUGCUCAGCGUGGCUGAAAAAAGCUAUUACUUGGAGAAAGCCAAGCUAGAGAAAGAGGGAUUGGACCCGAACUCCAAGGUGUCCACUCGAACUACAGUAGUUCCAGACAUUCCAGGUUUCCGUAAGAUUCUUCCUCGCUCAGAUUAUAUAUUUAUUCCCAAAACCACUCUUCAAGAAGACAGGAGCAGGCAGUCGCUGGAACUGUGCGUGACGCAGAGUCAGGCUGUGUCCGAAGGGUUAGCAGCUCCCCCUGACAUCACAAAUGUCUCCCGUGAUUCUGUGCAAAACAUCCUUUCGGUGGACUCGAGCCACGUUAGCCUUUCUGAGCGGUGCAUUGCCAUCGAAGGACUCACAGAAGAGACUGCUGCCUUUGGUCAGCCAGAUGCUGUGGAAGAAGUGGUUGCAUCAGAGGUUCUGUCUCACUGUGUUGCCCCCGUGACAGACAAAGUGGCUGGAGAUAUCCUCUUGGAUGAGGCUUCUUUGGAACUAGAAGGGCAAUCGUAUCAGACAGCUCGGGUAGUUAUUGAAGAGACUCUAGUUAGUGGCUCCACAGACAUCUCCAACGGGAGUAUUGCUGUGGCUCGCCCUCAGGUUCCAGAUGGUGUGUCUGUGGUGACCGUAGUGACUGGGAGGGAUACUGAAGAGAGUAACUCCUCUACACCUGCGACACAGUUUAUUAUGCUGCCUUUACCAGCUCAUUCUGUUGUGGAGAACCCAACGUCAAUUAAAUUGACAACCACCUAUACUCGCAGGGGACAUGGGAAUUGCACCAAUCCUGGCUGUUCCUUCACUUACGUCACCAGGCAUAAGCCACCAAAAUGCCCGACAUGUGGGAACUUCCUGGGAGGGAAAUGGAUCCCAAAGGAAAAGCAACCAAAAAGCAAAUCUGAGCCGAAUUCAGGCACCUCUCUUAAAACUCCAGCAGCUAAAAGAGGUCAACAGUCAGUAUUCACAGAACCAGCAGCUGUUGGUGAGAGCACCUCCAAGUCUGCCUCGGAAAGCUCAGAAGCUGUGAGCCAGCUGCUGAGCGCGGUGCCGGCUGGAGGACAAAUGCAGGAGACGGAGUGGGAGGAAGUGAUCAUCUCGGAGGCUCACAUUCUUGCCAACACCGUCCCUGCCGAAGACAGAGGGAGUGCUGUUGGAGUGAUACUGGGUCAAGAGAGCCACCGGCAAGGAGACUCUUCUUCAGAGCAGGCAGAAAAAGACAGCGUAGGGCUGGGGAUGCCACCAGCUCCUGAGGUGCCCAGUCCAAAUGCCUCUGCAAAAAAGCCAGUGGGAAUUGAUGCUGCGCACAAAGGACAAGAAGUAAAGAGUAAACCAAGACCUAAGCCCUCCUUGCUGGCUGCAGCGAGACCCAUGCGAGCCAUUCUGCCUGCACCAGCCAGCGUGGGGAGAGAAGCCAGCACUGAGCAUCCCAGCAGCAGACAGGCCUUUGCCAGUACUGAUAAGCAUUCCCCUGUGAGAACAUCUGGCUUGAAGCCCGGUACUCUGAAACAGUUGGGCCAGUCAGUCCUGCAGCCACCAAGUGCUGAGGAGCAGAAGCUCCACAGUGCUGUGACCAGCAGGGCAUCUCAGGUUAAAGUAGUGGAGGUCAAACCAGAUAUAUUCCCUUCCUACAAGUACAGCUGCACUGUAACUUUGGAUUUGGGACUGGCAACAUCACGUGGCAGAGGGAAAUGCAAGAACCCCUCUUGUAGUUACGUGUAUACAAACAGGCACAAGCCACGAAUCUGUCCAAGCUGCGGAUUCAAUCUUGCCAAAGACAGAACUGAGAAAACAGCAAAAUCCUUGGAGGUCAGUCCGGGUCAGCCUGAUGUGUUGAACACUAGUGAGCCCCUAACCCCGUCCCAGAAAGAGAUCCAGCGUCAGUCCACCCUGCAGUUGCUGCGCAAGGUAAUGCAGAUCCCAGAGAACGAAUCGGAACUGGCCGAGGUCUUCGCGCUCAUCCAUGAACUCAACAGCUCGCGGCUCAUCCUGUCCAACGUGAGUGAGGAGACAGUCACCAUAGAGCAGACCUCCUGGUCAAACUACUAUGAGUCUCCAUCUACGCAGUGCCUCCUCUGUAACAGCCCAUUGUUCAAAGGGGGACAGAAUUCCCUUGCUGGUCCUCAGGAGUGCUGGCUGCUGACAGCUAAUAGAUUACAGGUGGUUACAGCUCAGGUCAAAGUGUGCUUGAACCUGCAAUGUCUGGCCCUCCAUAGCUUCACUGAUAUUUACACAGGCCUUUUCAAUGUGGGUAACAAGUUGUUAGUGAGCCUGGAUCUUCUGUUUGCGAUCCGAAACCACAUUAAACUUGGAGAGGAUCCCAGAGUGGCUGUUGGCAAUAUUCUUGACUCUGUUCAGGAGCAAACUGCUGAAAAAAGCCUGAGCCCUGAUGAGCAGGUUCAGCUCCAGGAACUGCUUUGCAAUGGGUACUGGGCCUUUGAGUGCCUGACAGUCCGGGAUUACAAUGAUAUGAUCUGUGGAAUCUGUGGCAUAACCCCCAAAGUGGAAAUAGCCCAGAGGAAUGUGGAAAAUGUCCUGGCACUGAAAAACAUAGAGUUUACUUGGCCAGAAUUCUUGCCAUCAAGUGAAGUGAAUGUAGAAGACUUCUGGUCCACGAUGGAGACAGAGGUGAUUGAGCAGGUGGCUUUUCCUUCGAGCAUCCCCAUCACAAAGUUUGAUGCCUCCAUUGUGGCUCCUUUCUUCCCUCCACUGAUGAGAGGAGCGAUGGUGAUCAAUACUGAGAAGGACAAGAACCUGGAUGCACAGCCGGUGCCAGGUAACGGGAGUGCUUUGGUGAGGCUGCUUCAGGAUGAAAUCUUGAGGCUUGAGCAGAUAAGCUCUUACAGUAAGGAAGAGCUGCAGAACUUUCUGACACAGUGUGGCAUCCCCUGGGAGGCUUCUGAUACUGAGGACCAACUCUGCUACUCCCUCCUGGCUCUCUAUGAGUUUGUACAGAAUGGCCCAAGCACUGCACAAGCCUCUCCUCAUCACACGGGAGGGAAAAUCUACAAAGUGUGUCCACAUCAGGUUGUGUGUGGCUCAAAGUACAUAGUAAGAGGAGAAAAUGCCCGGGAUCACGUGGAUUUGUUGGUUUCCUCACGGCACUGGCCUCCAGUGUAUGUUGUUGAUGCAGCCUCUUCAGUGGCACUUUGCGCAGACGUCUGCUGUCCUGGCCUGACUUCCCAGAUGUGGGGGAAAAACCAGGGCUGCUUCUCUGACCCCAUGGAUCCUCCAACGUAUGUGUCCUGCCCUGAGCUGCUAGACCAGCAGUACAGCGUAGAUGUGACUGUGGCUGAGCACUCCCUUCAGCACCCGAUCACCAAGUCAUCGGUGCGCCGAAUUGUUCACACGGGUUCGGAGCAGAACGGCCACCGAGAUCCAACGGCUCGGCACCACUGCAUCUCCCUGUGCCGAGAGCUGGAGCCUUACGGCGCCAUCAUUGCUGCGAUCGCCGACAGCAAAACUAGCAACGUCCGCCAAAGGCCCAUCACCUUUGAGAAUGCCACACACUAUUACCUCUACAACCGCCUCAUGGAUUUCCUCACCAGCAGGGAAAUCGUGAAUCGGCAGAUCCAGGAGAUUGUGCAGAGCUGCCAGCCUGGGGAGGUGGUAAUUCGUGAUGCUCUUUACCGGCUCGGAGUGGCCCAGAUUAAAACAGAAACAGAAGAGGAUGAAGAGGGGAAGCAGGAGGGUGAUAGAGGUUGCUGA